AUGCUCGACCGUCUGCGGGGCUACUUCUAUGACAGGAGGAGGGGGUUCGCCAUCGCCUCGGCCAGCCUGGGCGGAGUCUACCUGCUGGCACAGUAUGGCUUCAACAAGCUCUCUGAGAUGCAGGACAAGAUCAUGACCGACCGUGCCCAGCGUGAGAAUCUACGCCGACGGUUUCAGCAGAAUCAGGAGGACUGCUCGUUCACCGUGCUUGCGCUCUUGCCGACGCUAGGCAAUCAAAUUCUCGAGAGCAUGGACGUCGAGUCGCUCACUCACACCCUCGCCCUCAAGACACAACGUGAGAAGCAGCGCCAGGCUGAAUCUAGCCAGAACAGGGUGCCCUCUGAUAGCACAGUGCUCGUCGAGCAAGAUCCUCCCAAAUCUGCGCCGAACGGUCUGCCACAACCCGAGCCAGCCUCAGCGGAACCUGCUGGGAGCACGAGCGAUAGCGUCAAGCCAGAGAUUCCGCUCAACUCGCUCAUGCCGACCUCGGUCUUUGCUGAGAGCGCUCACGGUCUCGUGCCGCCCGCGCAGACCAUCGGCCUCGGCGACUCGAUGGCUUCACUCGACGCAGAGGCACACCGUCAGAGCGCAGCCUUGACCGAGCAGCCUACCCCUGCGCCGACGACAACAGACGCAAAGCUAGUCGACGCCCCCGAAGAAGAAUCCGAGCCAGAACCCAUCGAGGACCCGCGGAGCAAACUCGAGCUCUGGAAUGCUAUCAAACUGCUCGCAUUCGCAAGAUCGAUCAGCUCGCUCUAUGCGGUCUGCUUGCUCGCUCUGCAAACCCAUAUCCAGCUCAACCUGCUAGGGCGGUACAACUACGUCUCCUCAGUACUUGAACAGGCAGGCUCCGGCACGCUUGAUGACAGCCAGAAGAGCUUUCAGGGUCUCUCGACGCUCUUCAGCUCCGAUUCGUCUGCGCGCAAGCCUAUCGGCAUCAGCGCGAUGACCGAACAGCGAUAUCUGACGUUCAGCUGGUGGCUGCUCCACCGCGGCUGGCCACAGAUCACCGAGCGCGUCCAGUCUGUAGUCGAUGGCGUUGUCGCAAGCAUACCACUGAAGAGGCAGAUCUCGUUUGGAGAGACUGACCAACUACUCAAGCAGAUACGACGAGCAAUAGAAUAUGAAGAUGACGACGACACGCCGCACACGUUCCUUAGUGCACUCUUUCCUGACAAUGAAUCUGACGAAUUAGAAGUCUUGCGGCAAGGCGGUCUGCCCGAGACAGAGACCUUCAUCGACGACGAACUGAGAAGCCUGCUAGACGAGACGCAAGACUUUGUCGAGUCGCCCGACUUUGUCUACGUACGGCGGCAAUGCCUCGAUCUGCUCUUCUCUACCUUUCUCAACUCACUCUCUGGUUCCUUCGCGACGACAAAGCCAAGCGCACACAAGCAGGCCGACGCGCCUGCGGGCAAUGGCGCGUUUGCGCAUCCCCUUCAGACACAGCAUGAGGCAGAUGGCGCUCAAAUCACAGACAUCACAGACAAGACAGCGCGACUUGCCAGCCUCCUACCCGUCAUCGCGCGCCAAUCCCAUAUGAUCCUCAACAGCAAUCCCAACGAAUAUGCUGAAUCCAUCUCGGAUGUCAAGGAGCUCAGCGAGCUAUCUGCCAUCGUCUACACCUCGUUCGAGCGUAGCCCUAAACACGACUGCAGAGCAUUUGAAGAGGAGCCAGGCACCUUUGACAGGACUUGGACACCUCCCACGAGCUCGCAGAGUGCAUCGGGGAAUGCACGCUUAAUCGAAGUAACACUACUUGUUCGGACUACAAGACAUCGACAUUGGCCAGCUGGCCUGCCACUUUCAUUACGACACCACGCACUAUCUUGGCUCAUUCGGCCCACCCAACUGUUACCGCUACCACCGCAGCACGCCGCACGCAUACACCGCGUCAUAGCACAAGCACCGACAAUCGUCUAUGGUCUGCAGAAUCAAAGACCGCCGGUCGCGCGCCCCGGACUGCCAUGGUCAUUCACGCUAUUGCCAGGCACUUUCGGACAGUCCAACGUCUCGCUCACCAGCUUCGGGUGUCCGUCCUGGGCCAGCUUCGACGAGGCAACCGCUACGUUCUCUGGCAAUGUGCCUGCAGAUACAAGCAACAGCACGUACCAACGAUCACGAGUGACUGUUACUGCGACGUCUAUGGACGGAUCGCAAGAUCAGGUACAAGACGACUACGAGCUCCUCGUCGCCUCCGGUGUCGAUGCAACCGUCCAGCUGUCCAUCUCGGCACAGCUACCCAAUGCUUCACGACUGGGAGAUGGCUCGAUCAUGACGUACGACGGCCAGAUCCGCGUUCCGCCGCAGUGGUCAUUCAGCUUAGGCUUCCAACAGUAUACUUUUGCGGUGCCGUCGCAAGCACAGAUCUACUAUACUUCAUAUAUACAAGGACAGACGUCUCUACCAGACUGGCUCGUCUUUGACAACACAACGGUCACGUUUGACGGCGUUGCGCCGCUCUCCGGCCAGUUCCCAAUCAUCAUCUAUGGCAGUGAUCAAUUUGGGUAUGGCGAUGUGGUACAGCUGUUCAACAUCACCAUAUCUGAACAUGACUUUGAGCUAAGUCAGCCGCUGCCUGCGAUCAACACGACCCGCGGGGACACGAUCAGCUACACGGUACCGCUGGACGGCUUGCGUAUCGAUGGCACGGUAGCGACAGCAAGCAACGUCACUGUCGACGUUGGCCUGCAAGGCUUUCCUUACUUGAGCUAUAACAAUGCCACGCGCGUGAUCAGCGGCAGCCUUCCUGCUAAUGCCUCAACACGCGCAGAUCUGUCCAUCCCGAUCGACUUUGUCUCGAGCUAUGGUGACCGGAUAAAUGACGCAAUCGAUCUGCAUGUCGUUCCGGAUCUCUUCACCGCGAUGGUCUUGCCAGUCUUGGCAGUCGAUCCCGGCAAGAACUUCUCGGACAAUAUCGAAAGCUAUCUGACUUCGAGCGAGGCACUGUAUUCGGCGACGAUUUUGCCAGCGACGGCGGCUUCUUGGGUCAAUUUUGAUACAGGCUCGCGCGUGCUGUCUGGCGAGGCGCCGAACCCAGAGCCGAAAGACUAUCAGAAUGUCACUGUGACUUUCACUGGUCGCGACAAUUCGACUGGCGUCCAGCAAAGCGCGAAUAUGACCGUCGCCUACCGUGCCAACUUGCCGCAAGCGACUAAUGGUUCUAAUACAGGGACCGCUCUGCAGCAUCACCACGGCCUUUCAGACAAAGCAAAGAUCGCGAUUGCUGUCAUCUUUGGCCUGAUCGCUUUGGUGGCACUUGUCUCCUUGUUGCUCUUCUGCUGCAUCCGCAAAGCGAAAAGUUGGGACCGGGAAAACAGUCAGGCUGGUACAGGCUUCAUCUUGGCGAAGGAGAAAGGCUCGAAAGGCAGCUCGCGAGCCUCAACGCCGCUCAAGAGCAGCAUUCGAAAAGGUCGGCCGAGCGAAGCGAGCGACAAUGUCAAUCUGCCGCCACCUGUGCUAUAUCAUGACGCGCCCUUGCCAUUGCCGCCGCCGCCGGCAGCUCAGCGUUCUGACAGCAGGCCAAGGCGCAUGGACGUCAUGAACCUCUUUGGCAAUCGCAACCCUACUCAAGAGACGCCUGUAGGCGAAUCGCCCGUCAAUCUGAGCGGGCUUGGCAUCUUUGCGACGCAGACAACGCCGACGUAUGCUCAACCCAGAGCAAAAUCUCACGAUAGCUGGUCCAGCAGCCAAGGUAGCUCCUCGCUCUUCUACUCGGACGCAGAGCGAUCCGACUCUGCUUCGCGCGACCCCAACCGAGGGCCAAGGCCGAGCAGUAUGUCAAGCACACCCCGCAGCAUACCGCGACAGCGACAAGGCUUUGGCUAUCGACCGCCGCUGCCAGUCAACCUGGAUCGGCCGGGCUCGCUUGCCACAUCGCGCAGCACGGAUUCGCCGACGCCAUCAGAUGAGCAGCCAGGCGCAAUAAGGCUGAUCACGCGUGAGCCGUCUGACGAGCUCGUGCAAGCUCAGCAGCAUUCGGAAUAUAUCUCGGGUGCCAUAUCGUCGAAGCCGCGGUUGAUCAACUUUAGUAAUCGGGGCUCGCCACGUCAAGUGCGACAGUCUGCUCAUGAGGACGCUAUCGAGAACGUCAGGCAGAGCACGCGGUCAUCCGUCUACACGCCACCAGAAGACGCAGCUGUGCAGGCGCCAAUAUUCUAUGAUACGCCACAGCUGCUGUCGGAGCCUGUUCAUCACGGGAACCAAUAUGACGGCAUAAGACUCGUCGGCGGCCCCAUGCCGAGCCCGAGCGCGUCACCCCAGAUUGCUCAGAAGGCUCGUCCGCGAACUCUGACCCAAGAAGCGGCGAUUGAUCAGUACCGCAUGACGCUUUCGAGCGACGAGUCAUUCCAUUUUGCGAUACCGAUACCAUCGCAUAUUGUUCCUCUCAGCUCGCUACAGAGCACUUAUACCGCUCUGACCGACUAUCCAGAGCGGGGCGAGCUAGAUAGACGGCCUUUACCAGAGUGGAUCAAUGUCAACGUUGAUGGGGCACAGAUGCAAUUCUGGGGCGUUGCUCAAGGCGAGAUGACGGUGCCCAUUCAGAUCGUCGAGAAGCGACAAAGUGCGGAAGGCGAUUCACCUCGUCGGCCCUACUUCGCUGCAGAUGGCAGAUCACCCUCGACGAUAGGAGCUUCGACACUCGUCGACGAAUACGAGCACAUUGUCGCUCGCUGUCUGCUUCACUUUUCGCACCUGGGCAGAGAAGCACACGAUGGCGCGGGAGAAGCACCGCGCAUGUCGACUCAGCAGAGUGUCGUGACUGUACGCUACUGA